AGAGAGAGAGAGAGAGAGAGAGAGAGACAGACAGACAGACUGAGAGACUGAGGGACAGAGAAACAGAGAUGGGGUGCGAGCGGGCAGUAUAGAAGAGCGAGGGAGCGAGCAAACGAGGUGAACCCGGGGUUUGCCAAUGUUACAGACGGACCCUAAAAACUUUACUGAAGAAAUAACACUGUGCGGACAAGCCUGCUGGCGGCACCCUUUUAUGGAGGAGCGGCAUAUCGGAUGCUGCAUUGAUUGCACACAGAGAGCCUCCCACUCCUUUCAUCAUUGAUGCGCCCUCUCCAGCUGCAGCAGCACUUGUUGAAUUCAGCCCUGAGAGAGAGAGAGAAAGAGAGUGAGGAUGUCCCUCUUGCUGGCCUUGUCUACGGUGACUCUUUGAAGCCCCUCUACCUCCCCUGGCUCCUCCUCCACAUCCACCACCAUGUCCCAGCUGCUCCACGUGGAGAUCCCCAACUUUGGCAGCACUGUGCUGGGCUCCCUCAACGAGCAGCGUCUGCUGGGUCAGUACUGCGAUGUCUCCAUCCUGGUGAAAGGUCAGGCCUUCAAGGCCCACCGUGCUGUGUUAGCUGCCAGCAGCCUUUACUUCCGAGACCUGUUCAGCAGCUCGUCCAAGAGCCAAUUCGAGCUGCCAUCCUCUGUGACUCCCACCUGCUUCCAGCAGAUACUAUCCUUCUGCUACACAGGUAAGCUGACAAUGGCAGCCAGCGAGCAGCUGGUAGUGAUGUACACUGCCGGGUAUCUUCAGAUCCAGCAUAUUGUGGAGAGGGGCAUGGACCUGAUGUUCAAGGCAAACUCACCCCACUGCGACUCCCAGACGACCACCAUGGAGGAGCAGCAGCCAGGCUCAGAGCCCCAGAGCCCCAGCAACAACACCCUGGCUGGGGCAGGGACUUCCAUCCUGGGGCCGCCAGGCUGGUCCCCAUCUGUGGCUCCGCCCACACGGAGAAUUAAAUUAGAGGGAUGCGAUCCGACCCCGCUCGGGUUGCCCAGCCUGAGUCACCAUAAAAGAGGGUCGUCUUCAUCUGAGAUGGGGGGGCGGCUCUCCAGAGGGAGCUCAUUGUUUUACGCGGCGGGUGGGACGACCAUCUUCCCAUGGAUGCAGCCCAGCCCCGUGGCAGGGGGAGAGAGGUCCAGUCCUGGGGCAUCUAGUCUGCCCACCACAGACAGCCCCACCUCCUAUCAGAACGAGGAUGAGGAGUUUGAGGAAGAGCCGUUUGAUGGGAUCACAGAAGAGGCCUAUAGUCAGAUCUAUGGGCGCUCAGCCAACCCAUAUGGCAUCCAGGAUAAGCCAGAAAUGGCAGCCAUGCCUCUUUCCUUGGAGAGCCGCUCCUGUGUGCUGAUACGUAGGGACCUGGUAGCCCUGCCCGCCAGUCUCAUCAGCCAGAUCGGCUAUCGCUGCCACCCAAAGCUCUACACUGAAGGAGACCCUGGGGAGAAACUGGAGCUGGUAGGAGGAACAUCUGUGUUCAUGACACGAGGCCAGCUAAUGAACUGUCACCUAUGUGCUGGCAUCAAACACAAAGUCCUAUUGCGGCGCCUGCUUGCCACCUUCUUCGACAGGAACACUCUGGCUAACAGCUGCGGGACAGGUAUCCGUUCUUCCACCAGUGAUCCCAGCAGGAAACCUCUGGACAGCCGUGUGCUGAAUGCUGUCAAACUCUACUGUCAGAACUUUGCGCCGAACUUCAAGGAGAGCGAAAUGAACGUGAUUGCCGCUGACAUGUGCACCAACGCACGGCGGGUCCGAAAACGCUGGCUGCCCAAGAUCAAGUCCAUGCUACCUGAUGGUAUGGAAGUCUACCGGGCCAGUGUGGGGGUGGCCGCUGGUGUGGGCCUGGGCUUAGCCAUGGGAGCUGCUGGACCUGGGCCGGGAGUCCCCUUCGAAACAGAUUUAAAAUCCCUGACCCCCUCUAGCCUGUCACUGGACCAGAGACUGUACCCGGAGCGCAAAGAUCCGCUCAGAACUCACUCACUGUUGGACACAGUCAGCGCCGAGUCGGGGGCGGCUGGAGGGGACGUUGUGGACACGGAGAUCGUUGGCCCUCAGGCAGAGGAAGAGGAGCAGGAGGAAGAGGAGGUGGGGUUGGAGGGGACAUUGAUGCCAGGAGGAGAGGCCGGGGGCCGGGGCGACAUGACCCCGGGACAAGAAGGGGAGGAGUUUGCAGAUGGCCUGAGAAUGAACGGGCAGUAAACGUCCACCAACGCCUGUCUCUGAUCCAUCCACCGCCAAAACUUUCUUUCUAUCGCUCGCUCUGUCUAUUCUCCUCCACCCCUUCUUCUCUGCACUCUCCAAAAGGGAAUAUCUCAGCCCAAGAAGCCAUGCUUGCAGAACUUACAGUGGAGUGCGAUGAACACACACACACACACACAUACAUGCAAACACACACACACACACACACAGACACACACACUGCAGUGUGUUCUUUAGUAGGGCAGGGAGUACAAGUACAACAUUUCUUGCUGAACAGACACAGGCAUUGCUGAGGAACAAACAGAAUUACUUAGUGAAGAUGAGAAAGCUCUAAUUUGAAUAUGGAAAAAACAAUACUUUAGACCUGAGACAUCAAGUCCUUUUCAAGGAAUAUUCUUAGUAUUCUUGUUAAUCUUGCAGAUGAUGUUUUAGUUAAAACUGAAGAAUGUAACACUGUACACCUAUCACAGGGUUUCCCAAGCUAGGAUAUGACCCCAUGUGGGGUCACCUUAUCAAGUGGGUCAAAGGAAAACAAACCUUUGUUUAAUACAAAAGUUUGUUUUCCUGAACAUUUUGUUUAAUACAUAGAAACAGGGUUAGCUUCUCUGCAGUAGCCGUGAAAUUAGGUGGUAUUAAACAGAGCGGUUUCUGUUCCCUUCCAACAAAUGUGCCUCUUUUUAUCAGUUUAAGCUAUUAUGACCCCAUGUCUGAAAUAUUUGACUCUCAGGAGGAUGUGUAUGUCUUCAGGUUUCUUUCAGAAACACAAAGAACAGAAAAGACUUGACCAGGCAGUAAAUCAGACUGUGGGAGGGAGUACAUCAAUAAUAAUGUUAUUUUCUGCACAAAAGAUCAAACACAAUUGUUGCCUGAUCUUCUUUGAUACAUUUGAAACCUUGCUUCCUUCAUAUUGACAUAUUAUUAUAAAUCUGUUGAGAAGAAUUUUGUCCAGAUUGUCUUAGCUCCAGUUAAGAAGUAAGCAUAUUAGUCGUUGAAUACAUAAUUUUUUACAUCGUUGUCCCACAUACCUUUUUAUACCAAAAUGGGGUCACAGGCCAAAAACAUUUGAGAUCCCUUGCUUUAUGUUGAGUCUGUUAAAUGAUAGGCCUGUGGGUUCUGAAAAGAACCUUAGUAACCUUGAAACAGAUCACACAUUGCACUACAUAGCCAGAGAAAUUCUGGGAAGACAUGUGAGCUCAUCUUAACAUACAGAGAAGCUAAUCAGAUGAACAACUAUGUGGGGAAAAACCAAGCAUGUGAUAGUUUUACCUCAUCCUGUUGCUUAAGGGUUGUGGUUUCCACGCAAUUGAUGAAACAUGAAGGGCUUUUUGUAUAUGGAUCAUGCUUAGACAAGAUCACGCCCUCUUCAAUUAGCCAGUCAAUGCAAUGCCUGUGUCUUUUGGCAGAUGUACAUAUGAAGUACACACUUGUAUACACAAAAACACACACACCCUGUUAUUUUAACCUCUAAAACAGCACAGACGCAUCUGAAACACAGACAAACCAGCUGAAGAGUCUUUGCAAACUUCGCGUUCUCUUACCAUAGGACACAGUUACAGACUGUGAGGAAAUGUUAGAGACACAAAUGCGCCAGAACACACAGAUUGCAUGCAAAAUGUAUACAGAGAAUCUGAAAAAAAACAUCAACAACAGCACUUAAUGAAUGCGCAUACAUAAAAGAAAGGACAGCUGCAGUUGCCUGAAGAUACAGUAUAUCAUUAAUACUUCAAGGAAGGGGAGAUUUUUGUUUGUGUUUUUCUUCGGAGUGAUGCUUUUUGGCCUGUGUUUGGUCCAGGGUGUUGGAACCUAGGCUUGGCCUGUGUAUCACCUGGGGUGGAUGGCACCAGGAACAUGCUAACAAGAGCUUAGUACAUAGUGAUGGGGACUACAAAGCGAGGUGCAGGUGGAUAACACUGUUUUACUACGGCGCGAUCAAUGACUACAACAGCCAGCCUACAGCUUCCUUCCAUCCUCCAAAAUGUAUGUGUAAAUUAUUGAAUGAAACUAAUAUGUAAAAUGUCUGCCGGCUUUUUGCAUCUGCACUUGAAGAGGUUAUAGUGGGAGAUUGAUGGGAAGCCUAUGAAGCUGCCUAGAUAUGACUGUUUUAAAGAAGUAGGCCAACUGAAAUUUUCCCCAUAUCUCCAUGUUCUAUUGGAGGAUUAGGUUUGUGGACUUGGACAAUUGGUCGUAUGAAUGACGAUUGUUGCUCUACGGCAGGGAGAAGAUGAGAGACAAAAUGUUGCACAGCCGCAUUUACUGUUUUUGGCGCACUUUAAAACAAUAUAUUGGAUGUUCUCGCUCACUAGGGAAGGGUUGGAAAUGGCCUCUAAUGGCUGUACGACAGACCUCCAGAAUGGUAGCCUGGGUUAACACAUUGAUAGACCGAUCAGACACCCAUAACAUGCAUAUUAUAGUUUAUGAAUGUGUUCUUGAUCACAAACAUCCAGUUAAAAAAAAUACGGUAAGGAAACAGUGGACUUGGAGUGGUCCCAAACCUAAAUAGUCUAUUUCCAAAAUAAUAAUUUGAACGGCCAGCCAUUUAAAGCAUCUUGCUUUGAAUCUGUUGUUUUAGUAAUUGCAUGAUGGGAAAGCGCAUCAUGUUUGUCAGAUGUUAUUGUUCUGGAAAUGUCUAUAGUUGGUGAAAUAAGAUUGAUCUGGUUUCAGAAACUAAGGUCAAUCGACAACAGCCUACACUAGAGAAACAAGAUCACAUUUCCUCUAUCCAAUUCAAAUGCUUUAUUGUGCCAUUUUAAAGAUUGUGCCCAUUGUUUGACACCUACAUGAUCCUGUUUGAGGUUAUUUUGGGGUAGCUUUAACAUGGUCCUGGUUCUGUAAUAAGGAGCACAGGGUUAUUAUUGCACUAGGUAAUGAGAAAGUGAAAAUGUUUACAAGAGUAUUUUUGGAGAAAUGUGACCUGCCAUGGCGAAAAAUGUAGGGAAAGGGAUUGAAAGAAUGGGUGUGUGGGACUACAGUUAAAUGAAAACUGUUGAACUGCUUCAGCUGGUUUGUUGUCUUGGCAGUGUACAGGACAGUCUGGUACUUUAUAGUGAAGUACAGUAUCUUGAUGCCACAGAAAUCUGAGAAUGGAAACUGCCCAAACAUGGAAAACAUGACACAUCCUAAAACAAAAAGUUAGGAGUGAGGUCUCUGACAUUGUCUCUAAAGGCCAUUGGAGCUGUUGUACGAUUUUAAUAAAGUCAUUUGUAAAGGUCUUCCAUUGUGGAAUUCUUGUCAGAGGAUUCCCAAACAUAAGGUCAAACUGGCCAUGUUUGUAAGCAUAUAGAUUCCAGCCACACCGAUAACAAGAAAAAUAAAUCUUGUUCUUAAUCCUUACUUACCUACAAUGUAAUUAAACCUGCUUUUUGCCCUUUGCUAUUAGGACAGAUAGACAGUCAAUUUGCAUGUGCAACCACAUGACUCUAAGAGGAAGUGAAUGGCUUUCCAGUGAAAUACUGUCAUUCAGGGAGGACAGUGUUCCUGUGAUGGGAAGUGUUGUUAUGUGCCCUGUUCUGAAAGAAGUGGUGGGGAUCAGUGCCUUAAUCGAGACUGCAGGAGGAGAGAGUGUCGUGUUUAAUCACCAUCUGUUUGCAUUGGGACUUUGACAAAUAAUGAAACUAGCUUUAGAGAAUGAGGACGACAGAAUGGAGAGCCAGGUAAUGUGUUAUGUAGGCUUCAGAUCUAAUUGCUAAAGAAGUAGGAAAUGCUGACUAUAAGCUAAAUGCUGUAUUUUCUCUGAAAACUUUGGUAGGCACGGUUAGAAUGGGGAGGGAGGGGGCUUUUCUUAAAAUAUAACCGUUUUACAGUGUGUUCAUGUAAGAGCAUUAUCAGAAUAAAAUUCAGGAGUUAAGCCCCAAUCCACCAAUCAGCAAAAGAUAUGUGUUGUUCUACAGAAGUUGUGUAACAUGGGGUCUGAAAAAAAGUGUAUACUAUUUUUCACGAGCUUUCAGCACGUCUUCCAUAUAUGUCAAAUAUAUAUAUAUA